AUGAAGCUCAUUGCCACCGUCGCUGCUUUGUGCGCUUCAGCCCCAUCAAUCGCAUUAGCGAGCGGGCUGGUUAGCCACGUCUUUUGGAGCUUCGACGAAUUUCCCGACGAUGGGCUUACCGACAUUAACUUCCCCAUCCGCUUGGAUCAUGCUCCUCAUGAGGAAGGGUAUUUCUUUGCCCAGCAAAUCGAGUUCUCCAACAGCGAGAAUCGCAGCAUCGUAGGCCUGCAGCCCCGUCCCGACAACGACGAUGGCGAGUCCACCAUCCACGCGGUUUUUGCCUCGUUCCAAGACCAAACGACUACGGAACAUUCCAACUGCCACUAUGCCGCGGAUGGCGAUACCGGUGUCUGGUGCGCUGUUGAUGUCGACCACGACUAUGGACGCACGUACUACUUGGUCGUGGAGAACUCUCAACCUGGCUCCGAAACGUGGAAAAGGUCAAUCCAGGAGCCCGUCACUGGAUUGAACGUUGUUAUUGGGGAAUGGACUUUGCCACCUGGGACUGGACACAUAACCAAUUUGGAAAACUACGGCUUUAUCGAGUAUUGUCCAUGGCACGACCGUCCUUCGCCCUCGUGCGACGUGCUGCCCAGGACGGAGGUAAGCUUCUUCAGUCCGUCUUCGAAAACCAAGGGGGCCACCGAUGGCUUUAUUGCCGAACCCUUUGAGUUUGGCGACUGUAUAGGCAAGGAGGGUUUCGCCGUGGAGGAGAUUGCUGAUGGCUGGAAAGUCGGGGUCGGAUUUGACUAG